GAUGGCGUUUGACGGAGAAGGCCUAAACGUAAGCAUUAUCCUUCUCUGUAUUUGUUUUUAUCUUUGCGUACAUAUACACAUAUAUAUCGUUUCAACUUUAAACAUCGUUUAAACUUUGUUAUUAAUUGUUAUCUGGAUAGUCUGAGUGAGCUUUGACUCUUCUUGUGCUAGCUUAGCUUAGCUUGCUAGUUAGCUUAGCUUGUUAGCUGCUAACAAAGAGACGCGGACGUUAUCAACACAUCGCUAAGUGGAGAUCAAAUGUGAGUGUAAAGUGUUGUGAUUGUGGGAAAAUGUGCGAAAGAACGAUAGCAAAGUAUGAGGAGGAACUUUGUCCAACAAAAGAGGAGAAGGAGCGACAACAUCAACUACUGGACGCUGUUUUCAAGAAACAUCAAGUUGUGUUACACAGAACAGACGUGUGUGAAGAAAAUCUUCUUCCUGAGCUAAAGAAGUGGAGCUUCAGGAUGCAGCAGGAGGAGCCACAGCCCUCUUCCUUUAAAGAGGAGGACGAGGACUCAUUGAACCCCCGCUUUAAAGAGGAAGAGGAGGAACACAGCAUCAGUCAGCCUAAAUGUUUGGAGGAGUUCCCAGUGACUGGUGUCCCUGUGAAGAGUGAAGAUGAUGAGGUCAAAGGUGAAAGUGAGGAGAAGAGCAGCAGCUCAACACAACACAUGACAACAGAAGCUGAUGGAGACCACUGUGGAGGAUCACAAGCAGACAAGCUCUUAGCUCCACUAUCAGAUAGUGAGGACACAACGUCACACUCUCCUGACACUGAUGAUGAAGACUCUAAAGAUGAUAAGACAAACACUCACUUCAAAUGUUCUCACUGUGACAAAACCUUUAAUUACCGUUCUUAUCUGAAAAGACACAUGAGAACACACACUGGAGAAAAACCUUUUUCCUGCUCAGAAUGUGGUAAAUGUUUUUCACGAAAAAAUGGGUUAAGCGAACACAUGCUAAUACACACUGGAGAAAAACCUUUUUCCUGUUCACUCUGUAGUAAAGGUUUUGCACUAAGUCACAAUUUGAAAGUUCACAUGAGAACGCACACUGGUGAAAAACCUUUUAUCUGUUCAAUCUGUGGUAAAGGUUUUCUACUUAGUCAAAAUUUGAAAGUACACAUGAGAAGACACACCGGAGAAAAACCUUUUUCUUGCUCAACUUGCGGUAAAGGUUUUACGCACAGUCAAAAUUUGAAAGUACAUAUGAGAACACACACCGGAGAAAAACCUUUCAUCUGUUCAAUCUGUGGUAAAGAUUUUGUACAAAGUUCAUGUAUGGAAAAACACAGAAGAACACACACUGGAGAAAAAUAUUUUAAAUGUUUAAUCUGUAGUAAAGGUUUUGUUCAAAGUAACAAUUUGAAAAGGCACAUGAGAACACACACUGGUGAAAAACCUUAUGUCUGCUCAAUCUGUGGUAAGGGUUUUAUAGAAAGUCGGUGUUUGAAAGUACACAUGAGAACACACACCGGAGAAAAACCUUUUAUCUGUUCAAUCUGUGGUAAAGGUUUUGCACAAAGUUCAUGUAUGGAAAAACACAGAAGAAUACACACUGGAGAAAAACCUUUCAUCUGUUCAAUCUGUAGUAAAGGUUUUGUUCUAAGUAACAAAUUGAAAGUGCACAUGAGAACGCAUACUGGUGAAAAACCGUAUUCCUGUGCAAUCUGUGGUAAAGGUUUUACAGACAAUCAGGGUUUGGAAAGACACACUAGAACACACACUGGUGAAAAAUUACAUUCCUGUUCAAUCUGCAACAGAAGCUUUUGUGACCGAUCAAACCUUGUAGCACACAUAAGAACACACACAGGAGAGAAAGUGUUGAGUUGCAGUGUGUGUGGUGAAAGAUUCUCUCAUAAGUACCAGUGUAAGAAACACAAGUGUGCUGGUGAGAACAGCAGCAGCAAAUGAAACUGCAGGAUUUGAAAUAAACUGUCAAGACUUUAAUUUGGACUUUCUAACAACAUCAGCACAUAUAACAUGUGUGACAUUGUUGUUUGUGUCACAAUCUGUUUAAUAUUCUUCUACAUUUAUAGAUUAGAUAUUUCAUAUUAGUGCUUUUUUCAGUCAAGUGCAUGCAUUAAUGUGCAACAUUGUGUACUUUUAUUACAAAUUGAACAACACAGCACAACCUGUCUGGUCAGACUUCCAGCAAAGCAUUGGUGUACGUAUUCGUCAUGGGAAAACACUCACAUGUGAUUUGUUGAAUACAAUUACCAAUCUGUCUUUUGAAAUGGCAGCUCGCCUGUUUUAUAGGCACAAUAAAACUAAGUUAUUUUGUUUUUCAAUGUUAAAAAUUUGUGUUUUUUAAUCACAAGUCUUUAAUGAGUUGUUAGACGUGGUUUUGGUAACAUGAAGUCAUUUUGAAGACACGUGUUCUUAUGCCCUUUGUAAUGUUCCAUGUUCUCAAUAAAAUAUCA